AUAUCAGAGCCAGACGCGGGCGUAGCUUCUAGCACUGACUGGAGAAGACGAAGAUCGAUCAUCGCGCGCAGAGAGAGAGAGAGAGAUGGAGGGGGAGCCGACGAGGGUGAUGAUGGGAGUGAACGAAUCGACGAUCAAGGGGUACUCGCACGCGUCGAUAAGCAGUCGGGGAGCGUUCGAGUGGACUCUCCAGCAGAUCGUCCGCUCCAACACCUCCGGCUUCAAGCUCCUCUUCCUCCACGUCCAGGCCCCCGACGAAAACGGUUUUGAUGACAUGGAUAGUGUAUAUGCAUCUCCGGACGAUUUUAAGAGCUUGAAACAGAGGGACAAGGCGAGAGGAAUUCAUCUACUGGAGUGCUUUGUCAACAGAUGUCAUGAAAUCGGGGUACAAUGUGAAGCAUGGAUCAAGAAAGGAGAUCCAAAAGAGGUCAUCUGUCAUGAGGUGAAGCGAGUUAGGCCUGAUUUACUUGUUGUGGGAAGCAGGGGUCUUGGCCCUUUCCAAAGGGUAUUUGUCGGCACCGUCAAUGAAUUUUGCGUGAAGCAUGCUGAGUGCCCUGUCAUAACCAUCAAAAGGCCCGCAGAUGAAGCUCCUCAGGACCCUGUCAACGACUGAUUGAUUUCCAUUUCGUGGAUGACCAAUUUUAUCAUGUUAAUAGAUUGGUCGUUGAUUCUCGACUGGAGACUUUGGGCCAUGCAUUGAGGAUGUAUCUGAGUUUGCAAAUCAUGUGUCAUUCGUGUAUGGCUGUUGGCACUUGAAUCCUGAACUUCAUUUUCUGUGAUUUUUGAUUGAUCAAUUCCUCUGCAAUUUUGUCAAA